GCGGCGGUGUCUGGAGUCAGUCGAGUGGCUUCCUUGUGGUUCACUUUUAUAGUCCAUCAAUAAAAUGGAAUUAAAGUUUCCAGUAAAAUAACGUACCAGCCAUAUGGAUGACCAUGCGCGCAAAGAUUGUAGGGCCUAUAGCUGCCUGGUUACCAAAAUUUGUAGUCACUUGGAUUUUAAAUUAAAGAAUUAACAAGUUCCAGUACCGACCUAAUCCAGAAGGAGAAAUGGAUUGAAACUGUGAAUUUGCAAGAGGAAAAUUCAAUACAAAUCAACGAAAAAUAUCAAGUGUGUAUCUAAAGCAAGAUCUUUUCUAGAAGAAUUGGCAAAGUGAAAGCGUGAUACUGAUAAAGAUUGUCACAACGUGGAUAGUAUUAUCUCAACUGAAAAUCUUCACACAACUAUGACGGCAAAUGCUAGUAAUGGUACCGAAGGAGAGGACCUUCGAUUGGGAGAUCGUAAAUGGUUUAUUAUCUUUAAGUAUUCUAUAUACUGCAUUAUAUUCCUGAUAAGUUUAAUUGGAAACACGAUGGUUUGUUUCGUUAUAUGCCGAAGAAUGAAAGUAAAAACUGUCACAAAUUACUUCAUAAUGAACCUGGCGGUUAGUGACCUCUUAUACACAUUGUGUAUUCCAUUUGACGUAUAUGCAACAGUUAAUGACGCUUGGCCCUACGGAGCAAUCAUGUGUCGUGUUUUAUAUCCUGCACAGACUGCGACAAUUACUGUGUCAGGAUUUACAUUGACUGCAUUGAGUGUGACAAGAUUUUGGGCUGUUUUAAAGCCGUUACGGAGACAACUAUCUGUAAAACAGGCUAGUUCAGUGAUCGCUCUUUUAUGGGUAUUGGCUACAAGCACGGUAAUUCCUUACAUUAUUUACCUCAAAUUAGAAGGAACUUGUGAAGAGGAAUGGCCACAUCACGAACAAAGAAGGAUUUAUACCGCUUCACUCUUCGUUAUCCAAUAUGCAGUACCAUUAUUUAUCAUAACAGUAUGUUAUAUUUCAAUUGCACUUGAGUUAACUAAGGGACAAGCAAAAACAGCUAAUCGGACUUUAGCAAAAGCUCGAGGAAAAGAAGCAAGAAAAGUUAUUAAGAUGUUGGUUAUAGUGACUCUAGUAUUCGCUUUUUUAACAUUACCUUCAUCUAUUAUGUGGAUGUGGUUAGAUUUCGGUAACGCUGUCGUCGAUAAAUUUCCUAAUUUUUGGGAUGUUAUGGAUGUUUUAAAUGUUUUGGAUUUUUUGAAUUGUGCGUCUAAUCCAAUCAUUUACUCGUUUUGCAACGAAAGUUUUAGUCGAGAGUUUCGACGACAGUUGGGAUGCGUUGUUUCAGUUCCGAGCACAACGUCUAAUAAUAGUUUCGAGUCAGGUAAAGUUACCACAGCAUUUGGAUCAUCGUCGCCUGGCAACGGACAUGCAACGCCACUUCGAGAAAGUUUAUCAAAAGAUGGAAACACGGAACAGAAUGCAGAUCGUGCGACUCUUUUGUGAACUGGGUUUCCAUGCAUACUGGAUUUUUGAUACCUGGGUCCAGUUAUCAAGUACAAUGGCUGAGAACAAGAAAAUGGCUUUUUUUCAGUUUUGAAAUAUAUCAAUAUUUCCUAGCAAUACUCUUUUAAUUUUUUACCUACAUUAUCUGUACAAUAAUAAGUACGUGCUCUUCGCCCCUCGUGGCAAAAAGACUCUAAUGAUGCACACAGACUACACUUCCUAAAAUAUGAACAUAAUAUUCAGUAGAAAUAAUUUAAUCUGGCUGGUAAGAUAUUGAUAGAUGACGUUUCACCAGUGGUGGAUUAUACGAGCAUAACGAGGCCUGUAGGAUGAGAAAAAUUGAGGUGAUUGCCUACUUGUGAAUUGGAAUAUCUAACUAAAUUUAGCUGGCUAUAAGUGAAACAAUUAAACUGCAUGGUUUUUCAAUAAACUGGUAUUGCCAUAUAAGGCAACAAUGCCAACAAAUAAUUCCUUGCCUCGAGCGAGAUUUGAACUCGCAUUCUAUAAUUUUAUCCUAUAUCCAAGGUCAUGCAUGUGUAAUUGCAUGAUGGUUACAGAAAAAUAAACCUAUUCGUAUUCAUAUAUAUAUACUUCUUGAAAGAAUUUCACUAUUAGAGGUAGUCAUCCUUCCCAUGGUAAACUUGGGAGGGAAUUGAUGUAUUGCUCCAAGUUACGCAUUUGGUACGUGUAUUUUCAAAGCUUUAACCAAUUACAAGCGCUUCCUAGUCAUACAUUAUCUGCAUAGGCAAAACGGUUAAUAUCGGGGCGAACUUUGCCAAAAAGCCGCUUCGCUAUUGCAUAAAACGACGCAUGCGUAUUGAUCUAUAUAUAAUGAUCCACCUACAAAGUUAAUCAGACUGUUAUUUUAGAUAUUAAAUUAACCGUGGGUGAAUCAAUGGCUGCCAUGACAGUAUUGAAGGAACUAUAUUACAUACAAUAGGAUCACACAGCCAUACAUACAACGUGGCUCCAAUUUUUCUAUGCAUUCGACUGCAUGGACAUGCAGAGUAAUGCAUGGGCGGACAAGCUGCAGUUUCUUCGAUUGACCCAGAGAGGCAGAGACAUAUAUAUAAUGGUGGACAAUUUCAUGUGUUGAGAUAUUAAGCGUAUAUAUUUGUAUUCACUUGAAUAUUAAUUGUAACAUUCCAGUUCCGGCUAUUGAAAAAAAAAUCAGUAAUUACAGUCUUGACUAUUGAAAAAAGAUACCAACAUUAGUAAACGUACUUAUGUGAAGUCACGCUAUGGAAAUUUUAAUAAAUUAUAGAUAACUAAG